CAACGAUAUUGUAGGGCUAUUCAUCUUCUUAACCCACUCACACUUCUCUCCGCUCAGCCCGCUCCGCUCUACUCAUGUUCUGUUCACGCUGCCCCGCCGUCCUCUCAACCUCAAUCAAAUCCGCUCCGACCGACCCACAUAACUCACUCGACAUCCGAGAACUCAGAACCAACUCCGAAUACGAAUACCGCUAAUCAUGUCUUCUUCAACGCUCACGGAGGCAUUGGGUCUGCUGCUACGACGAGCAGAGGAGGGAGAAGAAACAGCAGCUCCGGCCUGUGAGACGGGAAACGGCUUUGAUGGCAACGUCGGCCUGCGUGUGUCUGCUCUAUUCGUGAUCCUGAUCACUUCUAGUUUCGGUGCCCUCUUCCCCAUCUUAGCAAAGACGUCUAGCAGACUCAACAUUCCGGCGGGGGCCUUCUUCUUCACAAAGUACUUUGGCUCGGGAGUGAUCAUCGCAACCGCCUUCAUUCAUCUCCUCACGCCAGCCAGUGAAGCAUUGACCAACCCAUGUCUCACCGGCGUCAUCACCGAGUACCCAUGGACCCAGGGCAUCGCUCUCAUGUCCGUGUUUACCCUCUUCUUCGUGGAGCUGAUGGCAAUGCGCUACGCAACCUUCACCAGCUUCACCUCCGAAGCCGGCGCCCAAACCACAGUCUCCGGCGGCUCCUCGACGACCACCGGCAAGUCCGCGCCAGCAAUCCAACCGCACAACCACACCAAUCAGCUCCGCUUCAGCCAAACCUUCGAGCUGGAGCCGCACCUCUCGCACCUCCCAGACCACGCCGACCCCGAGUCCGCCGUAGUCGCGAGCAGCACCGAGUCGUACGCCGCACAGCUAACCUCGCUGUUCAUCCUCGAGUUCGGCGUGAUCUUCCACAGCGUGUUCAUCGGGCUCACCCUGGCCGUGUCCGGCGAAGAGUUCAAGACCCUGUACAUCGUCCUCGUGUUCCACCAGAUGUUUGAAGGUCUUGGUCUCGGCUCGCGGCUGGCUACCGUCCCCUGGCCGCACGCGAAGCGCCUCACCCCGUGGAUCAUGGCGCUCGCCUACGGACUCAGCACGCCCAUUGCCAUCGCCAUAGGACUGGGCGUUAGGGAAACGUAUCCCGCUGAGGGCGCGACGACACUGGUCGUCAAUGGCGUCUUCGACUCGAUUAGUGCUGGCAUCCUGCUGUAUACUGGACUGGUAGAGUUGAUGGCACAUGAGUUCCUCUUCAGCCAUAGCUUGAGAGACGCAAGUACCGCGACGGUGUUUGCCGCUUUCGGGAAUAUGGUGUUGGGUGCUGCACUCAUGGCGCUGUUGGGGAAGUGGGCGUGAACAACAGCAGUACCGGUUGGGAGUGAGGCGCUGCUGCACUCCAAAGUUGUCUGGAUAAUUGGGUUUGAAAAAGGGAGAGAAGAC